CUGACUCUGGCAAAUAUUAGAAAUGUCGGAAAGCAUACAAGAAUGUUUGCAUUUGUAUUUGGAGGAUAAAAACGUGACACAUGUCGAAAGAGCAUUCACGUUAUUGAAUUUAGCGUCCAACUCAUGGAAACCUGGGAAGAACUUUGCCUAUACAAGCCAUGAUAUAUUACAUUUGGCUGUAGUUGCUGCUGAGGCAAAGCUAAGCGGUACCGCUAUUUCUGUCAUUAAUGUUUUUGAGAGUGUUUUUGGUGGUAAUAAUGAAUUUUCAGAUCUAGUGUCAUUACUUUUCGCCGAAAUAUUGUUUCAAAAAAGUGAAUUUUCCAUUAGCACGAUAGGUCUGGCUAUGGGUCACGUUGAAAAAUCGAUUUACUUUGCCACUGAGAGUGAUCACCAAAUUAUUAUCAAUAACUUAUUGAUUCUUUUAUACAAGUUUGUACGAAUGAAAGCAACAUUAUUCAAGAGAGCAGAAAUACCUCUAUUUUUAAGGCCGAAGUUAAAGUUGCUGAUGGAUAUGCAUAUUAAAGAUUACUCUUUUAUAUUACGUUUUGGAAUGUGAGAGUUUCAUAUUUUUCAAACUAUACUUGUGUACAUUUUUUGCCCAAGUUUGUUUUCAUUAAUAUAAUCGUUGAUGUAUUUCA